AGUCUGUCAGUGAGUGAGGAGUGUGUGCGGGCUGCAGUCCGCGGCUGUUCGGACAGAUUUGGGUGUGACCGCAGAAACCGCUCGGUGUCAUCACAUGGUCAGCCUCUGAGUCCGCAGGCUGACAUGUGACACACACACACACACACACACACACACAGACGCCAGUGGACUGCGCACCGACCGACUCAGCUCUGCGUCCACGAGCUACACCGAGAUGGAAAUGUCAGCAGCCACAGGUAACCGUCAGCGCUCCGGCACGGUGAAGAGGAGGAGGUGGGGAGGUUUGAGGCAGCAGUGGAAGCUUCUGGGCUUGUUUGAGAUCGAUCAGCAGCAUGAGUUCUACAGCCUGACCUGCAUGAUGAAGAAGGGAUUGGCAUCAGCCACUCAAAGAACCAUUGACAACGCACCGCCAAAUAAUCUGUCAGAUGAUGAUUUCAGAUCAGAGGUCACUCAUAUUCAUGAGGAUUUCACAAUGGAGACCUUUGCAGGCCCAGUGUUUGCCAGCCUACGUGGCUCUUUAGGACUAGCAGAGCAGGAGUAUCAGCAGUCACUCUGCUCGGAAAACUGCUACCUUCAGUUCAUCAGCAACUCCAAGAGCAAGGCCGACUUCUUUCUGACAAAUGAUAAACGCUUCUUUUUGAAGACCCAAAAUAAAAGGGAAAUCAAAUUCCUUCUGGCCAACCUGAAGAUCUACGUGGAACAUCUGAAGGAAUACCCCCAUUCACUGCUAGUCAAGUUCCUAGGUGUUCACAGGAUAAAAAUCCCUCACAAACGAAAGAAAUACUUCAUUGUUAUGCAAAGUGUGUUUUAUCCAGAUGAUCGAAUCAAUGCCAGGUACGACAUCAAGGGCUGUGAGGUGAGUCGUUGGACAGAGCCUGCACCAGAGGGAAGCCAGAUUAUUGUGGUUUUCAAAGACCUCAACUUUGAAGGACAGUACAUCACUCUGGACCGGCAGCGCCCAUGGCUCCUGCGGCAGGUGGAGAUCGACACACGCUUCCUCCGGAGGCUCAAUGUGUUGGACUACAGUCUCCUCCUGGCCCAUCAGCCAUUACACCACGAUGAACGCCACCCAAGUCUCUCCUUCGCUACUCUCAUCAUGAGAACUAAAAAAUCUGUAAAUCCAGGCACCAGCCCAGUCCACUUGGGCAUAGCUGCUGUCCCUGGGGAAGUCCCCGAAGACGACUUCACCUUACUUUUGUCCGAAAUUGAUGGUGGCUGUUUGAGACAAUCACAAGUAGGAGAUGCAUCGAGUGGUGACCCUCUUCAAACAUGCCCAGAACAUGCGGGGCCAGGUCGUGAUGCAGCUGACCAAGAUUUCAGAGCCCAAAACCGACGUUUACUGCCCAAUUUAAAGAAUCCUCUGCAUGUUAUCGACGGGCCUGAGCAGCGUUACUUCAUUGGCAUCAUUGACAUUUUCACAGUUUACAGUUUUAAGAAGAGGCUGGAGCAUUGGUGGAAGAGGCUGAGACAUCCAGGCCGGUCCUUCUCCACUGUCAGUCCACAGACAUACUGCCUCAGGCUCUGUCAGUGGGUACAGGAUCAUACCAAGUAGACCCUCGAUGAGUGGUGCACCACCAACUCUCACUGAGCAUGUCAAGCCAACUAAUUGAUCAAGCAAAAUCCACACACUGCACGCACAACACAAGUUUAUCUUUACUUGUCUCAUGGUUCUUUUAUCUUUCUACAUGCUCAAAAUAUUUUCUGCAGGGACGUUAAUUAUAAUUAUUAUUUUGUAGAGAAAAUAUCACGGAAUACAAUGAGACUGGUGAUGAGCAAACAAAUGGAUUCUGUACUCACUAAAUUUAUUGCCGUGGACUAAAUGGUCCUGUUUGUGAUUGACAGUUCUGCCUUAGGGUGAUCAAAUGGUGAAACUUUGCACAACGAGUGCAAAGGGUUAACAGAGCAGUGAAUUUGAAAGGUAACCAAAGAGUGAAACCAAGUGAGAGGGAACAGCAAACGUGUGAUUAAAUUUAUGAGCACAAGACAGCUCUUUGUUUGCUCAAAUGAAAUGAUGCAUGAUUGCAAUUACAAUAUACAAUAAUUUUGAUUGUGCAGAAAUUUGGCAUUUAAUUCCAUAGAUGAGAUCUUUUUUAGACAAAAUAAAACAGUAUGGUGGCUAAAAGGGCUUCUGAACAUCCCCAGGCAUCAUAAAGAGGAUAAGAAGCUCUUUGCUUUAAAAAAUAAAAAUGAUUGCUUUUGAUGUGCCUUUGUAAAGAAAUGGCCUUCAUAUGUUUUAUAUGCAUAUCUACCUGCAUGAAUGGUUUAUUAAACACUGGCAACACUGGACACCUUUUCUCUUAAGUUAAAGUCAAGGAUGAAACAAAACUGUUUGGUAUGUCUCCAAUCCAGAUUUUACAGCAGCAUGGAAUGAUGUCAACAAGUAUUUUCAUUUUUCAAGACUUGUGCAAUGGGAAGGCACAGAAGGUCCAAAUGUUUGCUGUAGUUAUGAUAUAUAUUUUGAUUUGAUAUAUGCGCCUGAUACAGGUGCCACAACACAAUAGACCAACAUCUCAUCCACAAAACAGUUGAUCAACAGUUAUAAGAAACUCUAAUAAUAUUAAACACUUAUGAUUAAAAUUCUGAAGGAAAAUUUUAAUUACCUGGAUAGUUUGGGUACUUACUGAAGCAUGGUUGUAUGAGGUGCUGAUCCAUAGUCAGUCACAGUGUGUCAUCUAACCCCCAGUCUGGAGAAGCAGACACGAGGUCCAGCACACAAAGCUAAGCAAUGUACUGCUGUAGACAUGGACAGCAACAAAAUGUAUUUUAGACACCUCAAAAAGAUUCAAGAGUCAGGGUUACAGCAGCCCAGGCUGGAAAAACAAAAGCAUGUACAAUCUUUGACAUCUUCAGAAACCUGAAGUUUGAUUUCAGUCUGUGGCUCUGCAGUAUAAUGCAUUUGGCACAGUUUGGCAUAUACGUAGGACGUGUAUGUAGAAGAAAGCUUCUGUGGUUAGUGCCAAAGAAAAAGUCAGUCUGAUGGCAAUGUAGCAGUGAAAAUAUUCUUAAUAUCAUAAUAAUAUACAAUUGAAGUGUUUUUUUUCGGUGGGCCUAUAUGUGACUAAAAAACAUUUUUAUUUCUGCCCCUGUCCACAACAGCAUAGCUCUGCUUCUGUGUUGGGACUUCUCCGUGCUUCUACCGUCUACUGUAGGUAACACACUGACCGCUAAAUACUUCAUACAACCCCACUUCAAACAUAGAAACAGUAAAACCUAUAAUAUUGUUUCAAUAAAAACUUAGAUAAUCUCAGAAGAAACGAAUAAAUGAUCUUGCAAACUGCACAUUUGAGGACCUCGAUGUACUCAAAAAUAUAGGAGACAUGUAUCAUUCAGUAUCACAUAUUUGUCAUCACAUACAGCCCACACACAGUCUGACUUAUUUUGGGCGGCGUGUUUUUCAUUUUCUAAUGUUAAAUGUCAAUUCUGAGUCAGCGCUAGCAUGUUCAGAUUACAUGGUGCAUUCUGCAGGCUGUCUGCUGACUGUCUACUGACUUGUUCCCUGAGUUAGCAUGUCCCAGCAAGCUUCAUUUACCGGCCUGCAUGUACCUAUCCUGUGCAUCGUGCAUAGUAGUCUUGUAUAGACCAGACCUGUCUGUGCAGGUGAAAGUGAAACUUGAGAGUCACUAACCCCAGGGUGCAGCAGGAUGAGUAAUAAUUCCAUAUAUCCUUUUGAAAGAACUUUAUGCUUAUGUAAUACUGAAAUGAAAUGUGUGCAGUGGACCCUUUAAAGCCAGAGGUUAAUCAGGAAUUUUCCCAAUACUCCAAGUCGUUCUAAAAUGUUUGUUUCUGUUACAAUGCCAUCUGGUAAAAUGUGUUUUGUUGUAACAGUAUUAUUGAAUGCAUACUGUAAAGACUGUAUUUCUCUACAUCUUGGGGAAAAAAAACACACACCUUGAAUCACAAGGAACAUUUUCAUUAAUUCAUUUUACUAAUUUGUCAUUUUGACAAGGUCCAGGUUUUACCUGGAAUUCAACAGUGUCUCAUUAAAAUAUAACACUAUUAUACACUACAUGCUAUUAGUUACCAUAAAAACAGUGAAAAGAACAUUAACUUCAUUGAUAUUUCUUAUAUUUGCUUUACUGACCAGUAAGAUUUCUGUGCUCAUGUAUGAAUGUCUAAAGAAUGAAACUGAUGAUACCCUGAAGCUGAUGAUGCUGCAGACUUUUUCAUUAAUUAAUUUUACUAAUUUGUCAUUUUGACAAGGUCCAGGUUUUACCUGACAAAUAAUGGGAACGGUAUGUGCUGUAACCUAAAGGAUAAAGAACAUGUCAUUUCUCUGGUGUCCUUUUUUAAUGUUUCAUCAGUUCACAUAGACGUCCACUGAGGAGACAGCUUGGUACUGAAUGUUCAUUAUCAAGACUCACUGUCACUAAAAGCAAUUCUCAAAAUUGAAAUAAGUAUUUGAAAUGAAAGAAGGAUGCCAUGACUCCUGCAUCUGAAUAUUUGGAUAUUCUGAUAUGACUGUACAUCAUAUUUGAAAUCUAUUUCUCUAUGAAAAUAUCAUUAGGAAGAGUUUUCGCUACAUGUUUUAGUGCUGGAGACAUGUCUGGCUGAAACCACACUCAUUCUGGUACACGGGGAAAACUUAAAUUCUUUAAAGCAGUCCCAAUUAUUUGGAGCAUUAGUAAGUAAUAUCCUCACAGUUUAUGAAAACAAAUAGUUGUAAAAGAAGGCUUUAACAAAUCCAAUGAAAAACAUGUCCUCAACAUGAUAUGCAGGGCAAAAAACUACCCCACAAGGCAAGACCAUAUUGAAAUAAUAAACAAAGUGCACACUGUAACAGUCCAGCAGGGAGCAGAGUUGGAGUGUUUACGGCUUUCCGUGCGCAGAGACGUGAGGGAGACACUCCAAAUAAGAACCAGUGUGACUACACACUCAGGUAUGAGUCAGAAAUAAAGGAAACAGAAACAAUAAAGGAGCAGGGGGAUUUUAUGGAUCAUUACAAUAUUAUAAAGAAUAUUCAGCAGUUCUCUGGAACAUUGUUCAUGGAUAUUUGUGUCUGGCUGAACCACAUAAUGUAACAGACUGGUACUGAAAUGUCGUUGUACUGUAAUAAAAUAAAGCCUUCA